GGUACAUAACUUGUAAAAGGUGGCCAAUGGGCCUCAGUAGAACCUGGGUCCGGAAAUUCAGUACCCAGACCCGUUUGCCUAAUAAACCCUAACAAAUUCCCCCAUAUAAAUACAUCCGCUUAAAACCCUAGAUUUUCUCUACACCUUCAUCACCUCUAAUCUCUACAGCCUCCCCCCUUCUCCGCCGCCGUCAAUUCACCAAAAUGACGACAGAAUCACUCGUCCUCCGCGGCACCAUGAGAGCCCACACUGACUGGGUCACCGCCAUUGCAACACCAAUCGACAAUUCCGACAUGAUUGUCACUUCUUCCAGAGACAAAUCCAUCAUUGUCUGGUCUUUAACCAAAGAUGGCCCACACUACGGUGUCCCCCGCCGCCGUCUCACCGGACACGGCCAUUUUGUCCAAGACGUCGUGCUUUCCUCCGAUGGGAUGUUCGCUCUUUCUGGAUCGUGGGAUGGUGAGCUUCGUUUAUGGGAUUUACAAGCGGGGACAACUGCCCGGCGUUUUGUCGGACAUACUAAGGAUGUUUUGUCGGUUGCUUUUUCCGUGGAUAAUCGUCAGAUUGUGUCUGCGUCGCGUGACAAGACGAUUAAGCUGUGGAAUACAUUGGGGGAGUGUAAGUACACGAUUCAGGAACAGGAUUCGCAUUCUGAUUGGGUUUCUUGUGUUCGUUUUAGCCCGAAUAAUCUCCAACCAACAAUUGUUUCGGGAUCAUGGGAUCGUACUGUGAAGAUUUGGAAUCUGACCAACUGUAAGCUGAGGUCUACUCUUGCUGGACACAGUGGGUAUGUGAAUACUGUCGCGGUUUCCCCAGAUGGUUCGUUGUGUGCUAGUGGAGGAAAAGAUGGAGUUAUAUUGCUGUGGGAUUUGGCUGAAGGGAAGAAACUGUAUUCGCUUGAUGCUGGGUCGAUUAUCCAUGCUCUUUGUUUUAGCCCUAAUAGGUACUGGCUUUGUGCUGCUACUGAAUCUAGUAUCAAGAUUUGGGAUUUGGAGAGCAAGAGUAUUGUGGUUGAUCUUAAAGUGGAUUUGAAACAAGAGAGCGAAAUGUCUGCUGCUACUGCUGAGGGAUCUACUGCUGCGAAAAACAAGGUCAUAUACUGCACCAGUUUGAGCUGGAGUGCUGAUGGAAGCACACUUUUCAGUGGCUAUACCGAUGGUCUGAUUAGAGUUUGGGGAAUUGGGCGUUAUUAAGGAAGAAGAGGAUCUAGGGGAACCAUUUGGCCAAUACUGAAUUAAACGCAUUUAGUUUGCUAAGAUUCUCCCUGUUUUUCAUUGUUAUGAGGUUUUAACUGCUUCAAUUUUGGAUUCUUAUUUAGUUUUUGUUACAUUUUGGAUAUCUUGCUAUAGAUCUAAGUUAUUUUGCUUUA